GACUAUACACUGGCUAAAAUGGCAAACCACCGCUUUCCGCCUGCCCUAUAGCAGAUAUCAUAUCCUGCUACAGGGCAGCACGGGCCCUACCUGUGCCGCCAUUCGUGUCCGUGGCUGUCAGUCACCGGGUUCUGGCUGGUGAUUACUUGCCAGUACCCACUGCUUCACGAGCAUCUCCGAUGGGGAGGAGAACUGUAUAUAAACAAUACAGUUCUCCUCCUUGUCAGCUUGUGCACACUGCUUUGGAUGGCUGUGCCCAGCACAGCCAUCCAAAGCACUGUGCUCAUAGUGAAGCACACAGACAC